GCGGCACAAUUAUACAGCUAAUGAUCCAACAAGUUGUCGUAAGCUUGACUGACCUGACUCACAGCACAUUCCGCUUCAUUGGCUCAUUCGCAUUAUCGCUUUCAAAACCCAAGCGUUAUUUGUAACCGUACAGCCGUUGUGUACUGACUCAAAAGCGUUUUUCUCCGAGUGCGUCGAUAGUGAUCGGGUGUGAGCGUCGAUAAUCGAAAGUUCGAUUUGUUUACACGCCAACCAUCGAAAAGCGAUAAUAUUUUUGGUUUCAGUCCACGUCCGAUAAUCGUGCAAACUUGUGUGUCUACUAUGUAAACUGUGAAAACAAAUUUCAAACAAAAUGUGUUCCUAAACUAAUUUUAUAUUAAAAAAAAAGUGCGUAAAAUAAAAUUUAAAAUGUUUCCAAGACUAAAAAGCUUCGUAUUAUGUGUUAUUUUAUUUCAAAUAUCAGACACGUAUGGAUAUUCACCACCAUACAUCGACCUUGCUUCCGAAUAUGUCUUAUCUUCUGGUGACAACUUUAACAUCACGUGUACAACACGUGCCAAACCAUUAUGGUCAUACCCUUCGCGGAACACCAUCAAAUCCAUGUCUAACAUUAGCACUGCAGUUGAGAAGUUACACAAUGAUUUGAACUACAAAUUCAAAGCUAUUUUGAUGAUCCGCAAUGCUUCCUAUAUGGAUACCGGAUAUUUUUAUUGUCAUGAAUUCGGGAGUACCUUUGACAAUAAACAGAAUUCAUCAAAAAUUUACCUUUAUGUUAAAGAUGAUACUCAUUUAUCUGUGGAUGAUGAAAUGACCACUGUGCAAGCAAAAGCAAAGGUUUCCGAAGUGGUCCUACCAUGUAGACCUACCUCACCUGAUGUCCACGUAGAACUACAAUACGCCGGCGAAAACAUGGAUACUUGGAUGAUGGUUCAGGUGGUGUUAGAUAAAGAAGAUGAAAAUGGUAUGCUAUUCACCUAUCACCCGCACAUAGGUUUCACAAUUCAUCGGAGCAUCUCCGCGGUGGAGUUUGAUGAUUUCGCUGAAAUUUUCAUCUGUUAUCUACGACUAAACGAUGUUGAAGUACAGGAGCAUUAUAAUAUUCAUUAUAUACCUGACACAUCCUCCAUUAGGACACCUGAAUUAAAGGAUCAUAGUGAUGGUCAUACCAUUGAAGGACAAAUUCUAACUCUCAACUGUAGCCUAGGAGAAACAAAUAUUCCCUAUAAUUUUUCAUGGGAUUACCCUAAAGGAAUAGAGAUGGAGAGAGUUAAAGAAACAACGCAUGUAAUCAAAUUCGGUCAUUACUCCCUGUUGACCAUCACAAACACAACCAAAGCUGAUACUGGUUUAUAUCAGUGCCACGUCAAAGACUUCAACGACAACGAAAGCAACGCAAAAAUGAAUAUAAGCAUACAUGGUAUUGAUGAAUCGUUUAUAAAAAUCACUGAAGAAAACGAAUUGAACAAAGAAGAUGAAAUCAUAGAAUAUGCCGGGAAUAAUGUUUACAUCAACGUGGAUAUCGAAGCACACCCCUUGGAGGAUCUAGUGCUAAGGUGGUACCAUGAUGGUACCUUAAUCUCCGAAUGGGCUUACAAUACCGAAGGGGGUACCAACACUAUCUAUCCAGACUCCAAUAAACAUUCUACGAAUUAUACUCAGCAUUAUUCUCUGAUAGAAGUUAAAAAUGUUUCCAUAUAUGAUUCUGGAAUGUAUACUAUCGAAGCAAGGAAUAAGAAGACUCGUGUUGAUAUGACAUUUCCUUUUAGUAUUCAUGAUAAACCACAUGUCCAAUUGAAUGUGAGCAGGUUUAAUUUGGUUAAUAAUAUCAGCCGUGUUAUUUGUAUUACUAAUACUAACCCACCAGCAAGUAUUACCUGGAAUUUAACUUGUUUGGAUGAGGGUUGCGACCUUAGUAAUAAAAUGAAUACAACAUUUACGAGAAAAUUUCAGACGUAUUCUGAACUUGAAGUUGUCGCUUUAGGUCGUGGAAUUGUAGAAUGCGAAGCCAAAAACUACCUGGGAACUGAUACACUUAUCAAAACCUUUAAUGUUACAGAUGUCCCCAAUGGUUUUGAACUGAUUCCAUCUGAAAACCUGAUUCUAAACCCAAACGGUAGUAAAAAUGAUUACCUGGUACCCCAAGGUGACCAGGUAGUCCUCACCUGCAGAGCUUCCAAGGAUACUUUCAAAGAUAUAAAAUGGACCUUUAAUAAUGAAGAAAUCUUUGAAAGUAAUGAUUACAAAAUUGAAUCAAGUUUCACUCAGUAUUCAACAAAGAGUACCUUAACAAUCAGUAACACCAGAAAUGGACAAUACAAUUGUACCGUCACCAGAUUCUGGUCUAAAGUGAACAAUGUUUACAGGAAUAAAACAGAUUCACUUAAUUUGUUAGUGGUACCAUUGGUACCUGCUCGUAUAGCAAAUUCCAGUCUACAAGAGGUUCUCUACAUGGACUACCCGGAUGCGUUGAGUAUGACCUGCUACUAUGAAGGUAUUCCACGUCCAGAAAUCAUGUGGUUGCACAAUGAUGUGGUAAUACCUUUGAGUAAUCGUACUGAAAUGACUGAAGGUGGUCAAAGGUUAACUUUUAAGAAGACUUUUGAUGAUGAUGAUGGUAUAUACACUUGUAUAGUUCAGAAUACACAAGGUGAAGAUCGAUUGUCCAUGGAGGUAGUCUUCAACAAUAAACCAUUUUCGGUUAUACUUUUGGUAGUGAUCAUCUGUGUGCUGUUUGUGACGGUUAUCGUGAUUGGAACUUAUUCAGUCAUUCAAUAUCGCAAGGAACAAGCCCGGAUGAAGAAACUGAAAGCUUUGGGACUUGAUAAUUUCAGAAAGGGAGACAUUGAUAAGAUUAACCCGGAUCAUGGUCUUGCCGAGCAAGCAAGUUGGUUACCAUAUGAUAUGGAAACAUGGGAGUUUCCUUUUGAUAAGUUGAAAAUGGGCAAACAACUUGGUUCCGGAGCAUUUGGAGUUGUUAUCAAAGCAGAAGCACGUGGUAUCCUCCCAAAUGAAGAGACUACCAUUGUUGCAGUGAAAACAAUCAAACCGGAUGCUGAUGAUAUGCAUCUAAGGGCUUUGGGUUCAGAGUUGAAGAUCAUGGGUCAAAUUGGGAAGCAUCUAAAUGUGGUUAACCUCCUUGGGGCUUGCACCAAAAAUUUAUCCAAAAGAGAACUUCAUGUUAUUGUUGAAUACUGCCGGUAUGGUAACAUGCAGUCAUACCUCCUGAAACACCGCAGGCGUUUCGUUGACCAAAUUGAUAAAACAACCCAAAAGUUUGAUUUUUCCAUCGGAAGUGAAGCCUUGGAACGAUCAUUGUCUGUAUCCAGCUAUGGCAGUCCCUCAAUAACAAGCUACAACCGUAGUGUCUCAAAAUCCUCAAAUUCUGCUUAUCCUUUAAAAUCAUAUCCUCGCAGGCACGAAUACAACCAAAGUGAUGAUUGUACCGGACAAACCCAGAAUACAGAUACCACUGCAUUAUCUACAGAGAAUACAAUUACAAGCAGUGGAAGUGGUAGUGCCCCAAAAUGGAGGUUAAACUACCGUGGGGAUUACACAGAUGACCAGGAACUGGUCUACAGUAAAGACCUCAUUGUAUACUCCUGGCAGGUAGCCAGAGGGAUGGAAUAUUUAGUCUCCCGAAAAGUUCUACAUCGGGAUCUAGCAGCGAGGAAUAUUUUGCUAGCUGAUGAUAAAGUUGUGAAAAUCUGCGACUUUGGUCUUGCAAAGGAGACUUUGGACUACGAGAAGAAGCAAAAUGAUACACCAUUGCCCAUCAAAUGGAUGGCAGUGGAAUCAAUCUGUGACAAGGUAUUCUCAACCCAAUCAGACGUCUGGUCCUACGGGGUUGUUUUAUGGGAGUUCUUCUCCUUAGCCAUGACCCCCUACCCAGGGAUAUCAGUGGAUGACAAUUUUUACGUCAAUAUCAUCAAGGGUAUUCGAAUGGACAAACCCAAAUUUGCCACGGAUGAAAUCUAUCAGAUUAUGAUGGAAUGUUGGGAGCAUGAUCCCAUAAGUAGACCUGGGUUUGGGGAACUAGCAAGUCGACUAGGAGAGAUUAUAAGUCUUAGUGAUAAACAGCACUACAUUGAUCUAGAUGAUCCCUACCUGGUUGCAAACACAAGACCUCAAGGAGAAUACCUCCCCAUGUUCGCCCCACCAGAUUUCGAACACAUCACAGCAGUACCAAAAUACAUCAAUGACCCAUCCCCACCACCCUCACAUCGCAUCAACAUCAACCCUGGGAAUACCUCAGCGUAUUUAGAAAUGAAAUCCCCGAUGCCUUUCAGUCCUCGUCCCGAAGGAUAUCAAACCAACGCUUUUGUGUUUGACAAAGGUAACAGGGACAGUGGUGUGGAACUACAGCCGAUGUUAUCUCCGAAAGCAUCAAAUCAAUACUCUGACCGAAGUCCAACCAGUCCGGAGGUGGAUCUGACCAACAGUAUUUCAAAUCCAAUGUAUCACAAGUUCAACUUUGAAGACCAGCAGUAUCAGAACAUUGGUGCACCUGAUAAUUAUAUAAACAUGAGUGAAAAAAAGAAAGUGGAGCAGAACAGAGUGAAAUCACAGAUUCCUACUGGGGAAGCAUGUUCUCCGAAAGUACCUCUAGCGUUUAAUAGUGUAGAAGGAAUGCCAAAUAGUUUGCCAAAUAUUUACGACAAACAGAACAAUACUGAGGAAGUGCCAUAUGUGAAUUCGUCAACACGAGAUUGGGACCGAGUGGGGAAUUGUGUAAAAUAACGUGAUCUCUGAAUAUGUUUCAAAAGUGUACUGUAUAAAUUCUACGAUUAAGUUUUCCAGUAUAUCUCAUGCUAUUACGACACGAUACCUUUUUAUUUUAUAAAAGAUUUUUGUCUAAAUAUAUUAUUUUCGAAAA